AUGGAAGGUCAGAAGAGUCAGGCAAGCUUACUAGAACUCACUCUUCGCUCCUUCGUUUCCUCACCCAAAAUUUGCUCUUCCAUUCACAGCCUCUCUUCGAUCAACGAAGACUUGUUAUCGCUGCUCAGAUGUGAAGGAGCAGAAGGGGAAGCACUCCAUGUCGGCUCCCACCUCACCAACUGGUUCAACUCGGAUCAGCGUCCCAGCUAUUGUCAUAGCCUCGCUCGGGUUGAUUUUCUUUUGCACAUACUCUUUUCUUUUUCUACCUAUUCUACUCUGGGGCAUCCACCGAGUCUUUCUACUCUGAAGCAUUCGUGGGAUGAGAAUCUGAAAAGACUCGGCCCGAAGACGAACUCGAAGCCUGUGCAGUGGUUCAUCGGAGACUCUACAGUAAUUAAAGGACGAACGGAGAAGAAAAUUAUCAGGGAGGGCGUGGAAUUUUACGGCAACGGUGACUUCUACGAGGGGGAGUUCCACAAAGGAAAGUGCAACGGAAGUGGGGUUUACAAUUACUUCGCCAGCGCGAGAUGAGGUGACUGGGUGGACGGAAGGUACGAUGGGUACGGGAUUGAGACCUGGGCAAGAGGUAGUCGCUACAGGGGACAGUAUAGACAGGGUUUGAGGCACGGUUAUGGGAUUUUGUUCUAUACCGGGGACUCUUAUGCAGGGGAAUGGUGUAAUGGGCAGAGCCAUGGUGUGGGAGUACAGACUUGCUCCGACGGAAGCUGGUAUAUCGGCGAGUUCAAGUACGGCGUCAAGCACGGUCUCGGAUGUUACCAUUUUAGGAAUGGAGAAUACGCGGGAGAGUAUUUUGGAGACAAAAUACAUGGAUUUGGGGACCAUUUUGCCAAUGGCCAUUGUUAUGAAGGAGCGUGGCAUGAGGGUCGAAGGCAAGGUCAUGGCAUCUACACUUUUCGAAAUUGUGACAGAAAAUGUGGUGAGUGGAAUGCUGGCAGCCUCAUUCAUCCUCUGCCAUCACUAACCCAUAAGCUCCUCGGAGCGGUCCAGGCUGCCAGGAGAACAGCAGAGAAUGCUAUAAACCUUCGCCGGGUGGAUGAACAAGUGAAUGAAGCUAUGACUGCUGCCAACAGAGCUGCCACCGCUGCUAGAGUUGCUGCUGUAAAAGCUGUUCAGAACAGGAUGGAUGGCAAAUUUUGCGACACUCUUGUCUAAAACUCAAGACUUAAGCUUUCCUUCGAAUUGUAAAGUUUACUAACUUUAAAUCCUAAUUACAUGGGAAUCAUACGCCACCUUGUCGAGCAAGCUCGUCAGAAGUCGGAUUGAAUGAGAGCAUGUUUUGACUUUUGACGCUGGUUCUCUCUUCACACUGUAACUUGUAUAUAGAACCAUGUAUAUCAACGACAGGAUAAUUUUCAA